GAAACUGAAAACGAAAAUCAAUGCUGCGGGGGAUUGGGAUCGCCCUGCGCGUUGUGCUGGUCUUGGCGCUCCUGAGCUGCAUUGCGCGGCCCGUCUUCUUCUCGACUGCGAGCGUCAUCGAGCCCAUCUUUGUGUUUCCGCUCUUGCUCGUGACGCUCGUCUUCAGCUGCCGCGAGUGCGUGCCCGUCGCGUGCCAAGUCGUCCAAGACGCCUGCAAACCUCCUUCGCAUCAUCACUUCCGCGACCAACCCGCACUCUACUACGCAUGACUUGUCCUCCUUGAACGACAUCAUUAUGGGCUUGCAAGCGUUCCGUAGCCCUUCGCAGCUCGUUCAGAGACAUAAGCAGAGUACAUGUAGAUGAUGUAGGAUCGCCC